AUGCCUACAGCACAAAAAGCUGUGUUGUUAUCAACCGCCCUAGUAAAGGUACGUGAUUCUGCUGAUCGAUGGCAGAAUGUUCGCUUAUUAUUCGAUUCAGGUUUUCACGCCACAUUCAUAACUGAGGCAUGCGUACAACGUCUAGGUCUAGCUCGCAAAUCUUCGUCCACAUUGGUAACGGGAAUUGGCGCUUCUCAGAUUACGGGCGAUUUGCCUUCGCAGAGUUUAAGCGUUCCUGAAUGGUCUCACAUCAAGGGACUGUUCUUAGCUGACCCACACUUCAUGGAACCCGGCCGUGUAGACAACUUAAUCGGCAUGAACUAUAUGGAUCGACUCAUUUUAACUGAGCUGCGUAAGGGCCCACAGAAACCAGUAUUUGGCUGGACGUUGUGUAGAAACUUAGACACAUCCGUUCCACCCGUAAACCAUAUACAAUCGUUACACUGUGAUAUACAUUUAGAUAGAGCAUUGGAUAAAUUGUGGGAAUUUGAAGAAGCGCCGCAAACACGAUAUCUUACCCACGAGGAACGGUUCUGCGAGGAACAUUUUGAAACAACUCAUAGUAGGAAGCCGGACGGACGCUUUGUAGUGGAGUUACCACUCAAGGUCAACGUGCAAUUAGGUGAAUCAAGGAGUCUCGCCGUAUGA